AUGACGCCCCAAAUCCGGAUCGUGGUGAAGAAUAGCGGGCUGCUCGCGAAGAAAAGGCAUGCCGGCGUUGACAAGCCCGUCAAGCCCAUCAAGCCCGUGCAGCAUGUGCAGCCCGUCCAACCGCCUCGGUCAAAACGGGGCGACUUGGCGCUUCUUUGCCAGGGUUUUGACAUCGCCCUGGAAUACUUCAACAGCGACAGCGCCGUGACCUCAGCGCUGACAGCCAAGGCCAGGAAGUGGGCAGACAGGUACUUCAAAGGGUACCCCUACGCCGCGAAGCGGCCGACUGCCCUCCUGCGGACCUUCCCGAACCUCUUCAAUUUGGAGGUCGAAGCACAUCUCCGACUGGUUCCGACGGUUAUGGCGUCGCCGUCGUCUGCAGAACCUGAGGGUGCCAGCCCUCGAGAUCUCCGCCGCAUUGAGCGACGAGCGAGGAACAGCGAGCCCUUCCCAGAGUUCGCCGAGCCCACACUUGCCUCCGAAGCGGAGCUGGAUCAGGUCGUCGAUCUGACUCGGCAGCGCGCUAAACCGACGAUGCGGGUUGACCCCGCCAUGCUCCGCGGCUCGGGCUUGCUGAGCACCCUGCCGGAGUUCCUCGGCCAGCUAGCGCGGGCCAACCUCGAGAUGGAGACGAAGUUGGCCAACAACCCAGAGGCCGUACGCUUCGAGCUCGACGAAGACCAAGCCGCCGCCCAGCCUCAUGUCGAGAUGAACUUGUUUUCGGGCCUAAUCGAGACCCAGCGACGUCGGCACCAGCGGCGAAUCAUCCUCCCCGGCGGCGAGCCUUUCAAACUCCCGGGAGACGAGGAGGAGGACAGCAGCGAGCACGAGGCCAGCACUAUCGACAGGCAAAGGUCAAGCAGCAACAGCAGUGAUGCCGAUGAUAGUGGCGACGAAAGCGACGCCUCAACAUCAACAACCGCCAGCCUCCGAGCCAACCUCAAAAAGCGCAAGUCAGCCGCGAUCGAGGAUGCCGACUCUGGCGAGGAGACGGAACGGCCCAGCAAGAUCCGCCUCCAGUACAACUACCCGCCUCCUGAGCUCCGCCACUACGACAUGAAGCGGCGGAAGCUAAUAACCCGUGCUAACCCGGACGCCGUCCAGAACGACCCCUUCGAGACCGCCCAAUCAGACUCGGCGUUGGCCGCAGCCAAUUCGCCGGACAGCUGCAGCAGCGAGGACCCGUCAUCCACCACCGUUGACGACAAGGCCAAACCCACAACCAACGACAGCAGCAGCUCUUCCUCGUCCAACAACGCCGGUCCGAUUCCAAUCACCAAGAUCCGUCUCCGCAGCCGCAGUCCAAAUGGAUCACGGUCCGCAUCCCCGGAUAGGAUCAUCGUCCUACGGCAUCCCGUGCUGCCCUCCUCUUCCUCUACUUCUGUUAGGGGGGCAUCCUCCUCGGACGAGUCGCUCGGCUCACAGGGGUCAUCAUCAACUAGUACCCGCCGACCAAGGAUCAAGGUGCUCCAGAAGGGACGGAAGAUGCAGCGGGACGCGUCUCCCUCCCGGGCUGCGGAGAAGAGGCUUAUUGAGGAGGCUGAAUGA